AUGUUGUUUUCCUUCCUUCUCUCCGCUCGUGUGGCUGAAUUCGGGUGCGCUCACGGUGCCGUCUGCAGUGACGCUUGAGAACUCAAGUUGGUCCACACGAAGCCGGAAGUCAAGCAGGAUAAACAUCUCAGCGCUUUCUCUGGCCGCCCUCGCACGCUCGUCUUUCUUGAUUUAGUUCCACUUAUAUUUGAAAGUAUUUAAAGUGUUCUUCGCUCUGAAAUGCAACAAUUCACCGCCUCGAAGGAAAUGACACGCGAGUCACGUCGUAAGCGAAACCGGAAGGGAAGGUCCGAUGAGCAUCUGCUCUCGUCGGUGCUGACGGCCGGCGAUGGACGUGGAGGAAGCUUUCAAAGUUGUCGGCGAGUUCGGAGCGUACCAGAAGCGCGCAGUGACCGUGCUGGUGUUGACCCAGCUGUACAUGGCGUGUCAGUCCAUGCUGAUCGUCCUGAUCGGAGUGGCCCCGGAGCAUGAGAGCGAGGAGGCGAGCGGCGUCCGGCGUGAGCCUCAGGAGGACGGCAGCGAGUCCAUCGUCACCGAGUGGUCGCUGGUGGAGCAGCAGGCCUACAAGGUCAGCCUGGCUGGCUCGCUCUUCUUCGCCGGGCUCCUGGUGGGGAACCUUGUGUUCGGACCGCUGUCGGACCGAGUCGGCCGGAGGCCGGUCUACCUGACAGGUUUGUUCUUCGAGGUGCUCUUCGGUUACAUGUCUGCGGCGGCGCCGAGCUACGAGGUGUUUGCCGCCUCCCGUCUGCUGGUGGGGGUGAUGAACGGCGGGAUCGGCGUGGUCUGCUUCGUCCUGGCUCAGGAGUACGUGGGCCGCUCCUACUGGGCCGUGACUGGCACGCUGACCAGCAUGAUGUUUGCCGUGGGCAUCGCACUCUUCGGAGCGCUGGGCUUCGUCAUCCGGCCCUGGAGGCGCCUGGCCGCCGCCGCCAACUCUUCUGGAGUCCUCUUCCUCCUGCUGUCGGUAACUCUCCCAGAAUCUCCUCGCUGGCUCUACUCUCAGGGUCGCACCCAGGCAGCUGAAGAGGUUCUGUCCUUCAUUGGGCGCAGCAACGGAAGCUCCUCCAAGAAGCUCCUGCUGCAGGCGGCCAAGGCCGGGAAGCCGGGCGGCCGGAAGCUGGGCGUCCUGCAGCUGGUGAUGCACCCGGUGCUGCGGCUGAGGACCGUGGUGCUCAUGUACGUGUGGUACGCCUGCAGCCUGGUCUACUACGGGCUGACCCUGGGCGCCGGCGCCACCUCUGGCAGCAGGUUCAUCAACGUGGCCAUGUACGGCCUGGUGGAGCUCCCCGCCUACCCCCUCUGCAUGUACUUCAUCAACAAGCACUGGGCUGGUCGGAGGAAGAGCAUGGCCGCCUUCUUGGCCAUGGCUGGCGCUGCUUGUCUGCUCACCACGCUGCUUCCUGAGGGCGCAGGGCCCUGGCUGAGUGUGACGUCUCUGGCUCUGCUGGGGAAGCUGAUGGUCAGUGCAGCCUUCAACAUUGCUUACAUCUACACGUCGGAGCUCUACCCCACGGUCGUCCGGAAUGCUGGUCUGGGUGUGUGUUCCAUGUCCUGCAGGGUUGGGGGCAUCCUGGCUCCCUUCGUUCCUUCCACGCGAGCGCUGGCCGCCUCCGUGCCCUUCACCAUCUUCUGUCUGAGCGGACUCUCCGCCGGCUGCCUCGGCCUGCUGCUGCCCGAGACUCUCCAGCGACCUGCGGGGGAGACCCUGGAGGACCUGAGCCGCCCCCAGCGCAGCAGGGUGCUGGAAAGCAAGGCUCUCCUGUACGAGGACGGCCAGCACAGGUCCAACCUCAAGUGAAGCUGCUGCUGCGGCGUGGUCUUUGCUGCCAGAACAGUUCAGAGACUCGCUUCCGGAGCAGAGCUGCUGACUCCAGACCCCGAGCCGUCAGGAGUGUGGCCCCGCGAGGGUCCCACCGGACACCUGACCUUUGGGGACACCGCUGAGGCGGGAGCUCCUGUGACAUUCCACAGCAGGUCCGUUGCAUUGUCAAAUAUUCCAGUGUUUAAAGACUGUCGCUUCUUCUUUUGUCCACGAGAACAUUUCUGGGGCACUUUUUCCUGCCAAGUAUUUUGAUGAGUGUCAGGGGAGUAGAUUGAUCCGAGUGUGGGGAAGUCAACAGGUGUGAUGCCAUGUACUCACCUGCCUGAAAUUAAAUCAGUUGAGCAAUGUC